AUGUCGCGCCCAGCAGUCAGCGACCUGACCGGCGACCACGAAAUCGCACGAAUCGCCCGCUCGACGUGGCUCGCAUCGCCGACUCCGCCCAAAGUUCUCCCUCAGACCGUCGCUGAGCUCUGGAAGCUCGUUGAAGACGACCACUUUUCUGCCUUCUCGCUGCUCUUGCUCGAGCAGCUGCAGGCGUUGGAGCGAUAUCUGUGGCCCGGCUACGGCGAUGAGGCAUCCAACCAGCACCUGCUGCUGCUCGUGCUGCUGGUCAACACCAAACGACAGGAGCACCUUCCCGUCUGGUCCCUCUUCUCCAACACCCCCGACGAAUUCGCACACUUCUUCCGGAGAGUCGUGCACUUGAGCAUCGACCCGAGCCUUGCGACGAAUCUCCGAGAAUGUGUGCUGGCACUCAUCGUCGCCGCCUACCAGUCGCUCGACCACGGCAUCGUGCGCAAAGAAUGCGCUCCGCUGGUCUCCAUAGGAAUAUGGCAUCACCUGCACGAUGAUGCGACGAGAGAGCGACUGCUGGCGAAGAAUGUGCAGCUCCAAAAGGCGUGGCGAGCGGCGGGCAGGAAGUUUGACAAUGCAGAUGCUGCAGGGCAGGCGAAACUGCGCUUGGAGCGGAGUUGGUUGCAUGAACUCGUCCUGCACACGCUCGACAAGCUCUAUGAGGACGACAAGAAGAAGGAGGGCAAUGUCGCCUACUGCGAAAGACUCCUCGAGCUCCUUGGUGAUCUCCAGUCGCAACUACCGACGAGGAGAUACGUGAAUACACUGCUGCGAGACAUGAAUCUGCUCCCGGCCAUACUCCUCUCCCCCAUGUAUCAAGAUGAAGAGCGCAUUCGCGACAUGUACCGGCUUCUGGAACAUUAUACGCACUUUCCUCUCGACGACUACACCGGGCGACAGCUCAGCCGACGGGAGCAUGAUGAAGCGCAGAACGCCAGCAUCUCGAGAUUGCAAAAGGUCGCCAUGAAGCUGCAGCCCGAAAAAUUGAAGAUCCUGAUCUUGACCAAUUUUGGCGCUCUUGCCCACCGAGACGAUCUUGAAGGCCAUCUGAAAGACUUGACCGACGCCGAACUGCAUCAGCUAUGUCAAGAACUUGGCGUGAGGACGAGCCAGUACCCGGAAAAGACGUUGCUGCUUCGAGACCGUGCUUUCGUGGUAGAGUCGCUUGUAUCGAUGAUCGCGAAAAAGCCUCACUACGCGGAAGACAUGCGCCCGCUCCGAAUACUGCCGACUGAGGAUGUGCUCUACGACAGAGGCAUGAUGCGGACUGAGGAGUACACGUCAGGCCAGCCAUUGCCUCUCCCGAAACUCAAUCUGCAGUAUCUGAGUGUCGGUGACUUCUUGUGGAGAUCAUUCAUCCUCUAUCGUCAGGAAUCAUUCUACGGCAUCCGGAAGCACAUCGAGGACACCGUCAAGAGGCUUCGGCCGAGACGUGGGGGUGGCCAAACCAGAUUUGAUGGCUUUUCGCGCAUGGCCAUUCCCAUACCAAAGCCUGCAAUCAUCGAAACGACGCCGCCCAGAGUUGGUGAGACUGUCCCUGCCGAGGUCAAGGUCGAAAUCAUCCUCGACGUGAGCAGACUACAACCGGGUUUGCGCCGCGAGUGGGAGAGUCUAAGGCCAGACGACACAGUCUUCCUGCUGGCUCUUCAUCCCGAGGACUCUGCCAUGAAGCUGACCAAUGGCGCUGCCAGCAAUCAAUCAUAUAUGGAAAAGACAGGGCUGAAGACCGUUCGCUGUGCCGAGAUCAUCAGCGUGCUUGACGAGAACGGAAGAGCGCUACGCUACAAUCAAGAUCAGCAAGACCAUAUCGAUGGCAUGUCGAGGCCGCGUCAACGACGACUCCUUCUGCGCAUUGAUCCCAUCGCAUACAAAGCCGAUAAAGACCGGGAAGAUGCUGGCAAGGGUGAUAUCUACGAGAGCAUCAACUUGAUCAUCCGCCGGCGGUCGCGAGAAAACAACUUUCGACCGGUACUCGAAAGCAUCAAGCAGCUGGCGCUGUCAGAUAUGCCCCUUCCAGGCUGGUUUGAGGAAGUCUUUCUGGGCACAGGAGAUCCAUCUUCUGCUACCUACAAACGCUUAUCCAACAAGCUGAAGAACAUUGACUAUCGUGACACAUUCUUGGACUGGCAGCAUUUGAUCGAGUCGCUUCCUGGCAAGACGAUCGAGCCUGACCCAAAGCUGAAUGCCAUUCCUCCACCUCCGUAUGUGCUCGAGGCCACUGGAGCAGCCCCUGCCGCUGCGCCGCCGAAGAAGGGGAAGAAGAGACGACACGAUCAACCCGACGGCCCGGAACCGGCGCCUUCACCAGAGACUUUUAGAGUAUCCACGUACACACCUCCCAACAAUGGACCGUACCCGACAGACGCACCGAAGACGAAUGCCGUUCGCUUCACGCCGACACAGAUUCAUGCGGUCACAUCAGGCACGCAGCCUGGUUUGACUGUGGUUGUUGGCCCGCCCGGAACUGGUAAGACCGAUGUCGCCACCCAGAUCAUCAGCAACAUCUACCACAACUUUCCUCAGCAGCGGACCCUUCUCGUGGCCCACUCCAAUCAAGCUCUGAACCAGUUAUUCCAGAAGAUCACCGCACUUGACAUUGAUGAGCGACAUCUGUUACGUCUCGGACAUGGCGAAGAAGAAUUGACAACGGAGGCAAGCUUUAGCAAAGCGGGUCGCGUGGAGUCAUUCCUUGAAAGAGGUGCUCAGUUCCUGGCAGAAGUGCAACGAUUGGCAGCCUCCAUUCAAGCUCCUGGUGCACACGGCAAUAGCUGUGAGACAGCAGAGUACUUCAAUCAAGUAUGGGUUCAGCCAUUGUGGAAGCGAUUUUGGGACCUUGCAAAUUCAGAAGAAAGCACAGCAGAGGCGGUAGUGUCCGCUUUCCCAUUCCACAGCUUCUUCGCCGACGCGCCGCAGCCGCUGUUCCCACCGGAUACGCAGAAAGAGCAUGUCAUCGAGAUCGCCAAGGGCUGCGAGAGGCACAUCAACCGCAUCUUCUCCGAGUUGGCAGACAUUCGGCCUUUUGAGAUCCUUCGAGCACAACGUGACAAGAGCAAUUAUCUGCUCGUCAAGGAAGCACGCAUCAUUGCCAUGACAUCAACACACGCAGCCAUCCGCCGACAAGAAAUUGCGCAGCUUGGAUUCAAGUACGACAAUGUCAUCAUGGAAGAAGCAGCUCAGAUUACCGAAGUCGAGAACUUCAUCCCUUUCGUGCUGCAGAAUCCCAUCGCCAAGGACGAAAAGUCUCCAGAACACGAAAAUCCACUCAAGCGCGUCGUCCUUGUCGGUGAUCAUUUGCAAAACAGUCCGGUGAUUCAGAACCCAGCUCUGAAAUCUUACUGCAAUCUCGAACAAUCUCUCUUCCAGCGCUUGGUGCGUCUCGGAGUCCCUCACACUCAGCUUGACGCUCAAGGCCGUUCGCGACCCUCCAUAGCCAAUCUUUACAAAUGGCGAUACCCUUCACUCACGAACUUGGCUUUCACUUCCACAGCACCUGAGUUCGUGCAAGCCAACGCUGGCUUCCGACAUGAGUAUCAGUUCAUCAACGUGGACGACUACAAAUGCCAAGGCGAGAGCGAGCCGACGCCUCACUUCAUUCAAAACCUGGGCGAGGCUGAGUACGCUGUCGCUCUGUAUCAGUACAUGAGACUUCUUGGUUAUCCUGCCGAGAAGAUUUCCAUCCUCACAGCGUACGCCGGGCAAAGAGCGCUCAUUCGAGAUGUUCUCACGCACCGUUGUAAGAGCAAUCGACUUUUCGGCAUGCCGGCAUGGGUUGGUACAGUGGACAAAUACCAAGGCGAACAGAACGACUACAUCAUUCUCUCGCUCGUACGAACCAAGACUCCAGGGUACUUGCGCGAUCUGAGAAGAUUGACUGUCGCGUUGUCCCGCGCCCGUCUCGGCCUGUACGUGCUUGGCCGCAAAGAAGUCUUCGAAUCAAGUCUCGAGCUUCGUGAAGCAUUUGAACCACUUUUUGAGAAGUCGACGAAGCUGGAGCUGGUCGGGAAUGAGAUGUUUGGUGCAACACAAAGGCUGGUUGAUGAUGCCAAUGUGCAGAAUGUCGCUGAAAUGGCAGGAGUUGAGCAUUUGGGACAGUAUGUCUUCGAGAUGACGCAAGCCAAAGUCAAGGCAUUGAAGGAAGGUGGAGGACAGCUGCCUCCACUUGCACAGACUGGGAAGUUAGAGGAAGAUUAUCAGGACGAAGGCGACAAUGGAGAGGGAAUUGAAGCUGGUGAGGAGAUGGAUGAGGAUAUGAAGGAAGCUGUUGCGAGUGAUACGGCUCCGAUCAAGCUCACGUAAUGCUGUUGCCCUGCUUCCGCAGCCUUUCUCCAUAUUUCAACCCGAGAAAGCUAUCACGC